CACACCAGGGGCGGGCAGGGCCAGGCCCAGCGACUGGAGCUGGGCCUCCGCCGCGAGAGGCCGGCGAGUGCUGUCUUCCUGAACCGGCAAUCGGCAAGGGGCGGUGGGAGGGAGUGGUGGCCUGCGCCGUGGCCAUGUCUGCGUCCGCAGGGGGCCGUGGUCCUGCGAACCUGAGCCAUCAGUCCGGGCCCGGCCGGAUACCCGUGCCCUCCCGGGGGUCCGGCAGAGGGCAGUGACCGGCAAUCUGUGUGUUCCCCUACCCCCUUCCCCGAGAAACAGGAGAGCCCAAAGGAUGGCCGCUGACAUGCAGAGGAAGAGAAGCAGCGAAGGCCCCGAUGGCAUGUUGGCGCCUGACGGGCAGAAUGUGGAGAGAGCAGAGAGCCCCACGCCAGGACUGGCCCAGGGGAUGGAGCCAGGUGCCGGACAGGAGGGUGCCAUGUUCGUCCAUGCCCGUUCCUACGAGGACCUGACUGAAUCAGAGGAUGGGGCAGCUUCUGGGGAGAGCCCCAAGGAGGGUGCCGGGGGUCCCCCACCUCUGGCUACAGACAUGCGUCAGAUCAGCCAGGACUUCAGUGAGUUGAGCACCCAGCUGACGGGUGUCGCCCGAGACCUGCAGGAGGAGAUGCUUCCAGGAAGCUCUGAGGACUGGCCAGAGUCCCCAGGGGCGGCCAGGCGACCAGCCACAGAGCCCCCAAGGGACGGCGCUGGUGAAGGGGAUGAGGAAGAGGCUGCCGAGGCCUGGCGACGGCACCAGAAGCAUGUCUUUGUGCUGAGCGAGGCGGGGAAGCCUGUGUACUCCCGCUACGGGUCCGAGGAGGCACUUUCCAGCACCAUGGGUGUCAUGGUGGCCCUGGUGUCCUUCCUAGAGGCUGACAAGAAUGCCAUCCGUUCCAUCCAUGCAGAUGGCUACAAGGUAGUGUUCGUGCGCCGGAGCCCACUGGUGCUGGUGGCGGUGGCCCGCACGCGGCAGUCGGCGCAAGAACUGGCUCAGGAGUUGCUCUACAUCUACUACCAGAUCCUAAGCCUGCUGACGGGCGCGCAGCUGAGCCACAUCUUCCAGCAGAAGCAGAACUAUGACCUUCGGCGCCUGCUCUCGGGUUCCGAGCGCAUCACGGACAACCUGCUGCAGCUCAUGGCGCGAGACCCCAGUUUCCUGAUGGGGGCAGCGCGCUGCCUUCCCCUGGCGGCGGCGGUGCGCGACGUGGUGAGUGCCAGCCUGCAGCAGGCGCGCGCCCGCAGCCUGGUCUUCUCCAUCCUGCUGGCGCGCAACCAGCUCGUGGCCCUUGUGCGCCGCAAGGACCAAUUCUUGCAUCCCAUCGACCUGCACCUGCUCUUCAACCUCAUAAGUUCUUCCUCGUCCUUCCGCGAGGGCGAGGCCUGGACGCCAGUGUGCCUGCCCAAAUUCAACGCAGCCGGCUUCUUCCACGCACACAUCUCUUACCUGGAACCUGACACGGAUCUCUGCCUGCUGCUCGUCUCCACCGACCGCGAGGACUUCUUUGCCGUCUCUGACUGCCGCCGCCGCUUUCAGGAGCGCCUGCGGAAGCGCGGGGCGCAUCUGGCUCUCAGGGAGGCGGUGCGCACGCCCCACUACAGCGUUGCCCAGGUGGGCGUCCCUGACCUGCGCCACUUCCUCUAUAAGUCAAAGAGCUCAGGACUCUUCACCAGCCCUGAGAUUGAGGCCCCAUACGACAGUGAAGAGGAGCAGGAGCGGCUGCUAGGCCUCUACCAGUACCUGCAUAGCCGAGCCCACAAUGCCUCCCGCCCCCUGAAGACGAUCUACUACACCGGCCCCAACGAGAACCUCCUGGCCUGGGUGACGGGUGCCUUUGAGCUCUACAUGUGCUACAGCCCCCUGGGGACCAAGGCGUCGGCCGUCAGUGCCAUCCAUAAACUCAUGCGCUGGAUCCGCAAAGAGGAAGACCGCCUCUUCAUCCUCACGCCCCUCACGUACUGAUGAGAAUGUGUGUGGGCGUAGCCCUCCUAGGCAUACCAGGCUGUGGAAGCUGUGAGAGCCUCCAGGUGGCACUGGCCUCUCUGCUCCCCCUCCCCCCGCUGCAGCAGGCAGCACCUGUGGGGUGGUGUGUGCAUUAAAGUGCUUUGGGGAAGACACUGA